ACAUGCUCGUAGGAUCCCCUGCGUGGAAACAGCGGCUUGUCUCUGACUACCCGGAGGACACGGAGCACCCCAAAUAGGAACUUUAGAGGAAUUGAAAUCUGUUGCCUGUUACCGCUAGGAAUACUGUUUGCAAGGCACAAGGUGUCUUUUGGUAGUGAGCGCGCUCUGCGCAUGCGCAGGUCCAUUCGGGAAUUACUGCCCAGCAGCCGACUAAGUUGCAUUCCUUGAAUCUUCGCAGAAAAGACAAUUCUUUAAUCAGAGUUAGUAAUGUGGACAGUACAAAACCGAGAGAGUUUGGGGCUUCUUUCUUUCCCUGUGAUGAUUACCAUGGUCUGUUGUGCACACAGCACCAAUGAACCCAGCAACAUGUCAUACGUGAAAGAGACAGUGGACAGAUUGCUCAAAGGAUAUGACAUUCGCUUGCGGCCGGACUUCGGAGGGCCCCCCGUGGACGUUGGGAUGCGGAUCGAUGUCGCCAGCAUAGACAUGGUCUCUGAAGUGAAUAUGGUGAGUGGCCUCCCGACGGGCCCGGCGGGCCAGCUUACGCAGAUGGGAAAUGAACCGGUCCCUUUGCCCUCUGCGUUUCACUGGCGGUCACCUCGCCCCUGGCCCCUGGGGUCCCACUCCGCACGCGCUCCCCACUCCGGUACACACACCCGGUUGCCCCUGGUUUGUAAUUUCGACACACACGGGCUACUGCGGUGUUCCAGGGGAAACGUGCUAGGCACUAUUUUGGGAAGGACGAGUGACUGUUGCGCCGUGGAUCGGCUGGGGCGGAGUCUGAGCGUUACUUUAGCUGGGUUUCCCUGCGUGUUCGGACGAGGAGGGCACCAUCUGCCGGCAGCUGGGUGGCCUGCACUAGGGUCCUCGUACCGGUGGUCGGCAGCCAUCGCCUCCCCAGGCGCGGCCCCGGCAAUCCCCAUGGCCCUCUCAGUCAGCAAGCCCGGACUUACUAAGGCCCUGCCACCAAGAGCACAGUCGGGGUUUCAAAGUGUCCUCUUCCUCCAGGUUCAGGCAAACCGGGUGGCAGGAGCAACAGGCUAAGACAACAGUCCACGCUUGCUAGUAGGAAAAGUGCCCGAGCCUGGGUAGGCUUGUAUUGUUCCCUUGUGGGAGGUUAUGAAUUUGUCUUACUGCAUCUUGCAAAUUUAAGUUGAAACAAAAUAAUCAAGUCCUAUUGCUUCACCUUACUCUAGAAACGUAAGGAUGCCUAAAAAGCCUGAUAAUUUAAGGGAUGUUGGAAGGGAGAGGGGGCGACAGUAACACAGCAUAGUCCUUUCAUUUCAAAGGGGUCAACAUUCCUUUAUAUACAUGUUCCCUCUCUUUUUGGAAGCUGUUGCAAAAUGAACUGAAAAAGCUGCCACUUUCUCUGUCGGCUGGUUCCGUCCACUGAAUGUAGGAGUUUUCUACUUAGAGUUUCUAACUGUUGCUUCUUGUAAGACGGGGAAAAGCCUGUUGCUUUUCUAGAAUCAGCCACCCAGGAAUCAGCUAGAUCUACGUGAGCAAAAUGCCAUUUUUAUUCCACUUGUAAAAAAAUAUUAUGGCGGCAGAAAUUUAUAAAUCCUGAAUAAUUGAAAGAGUAAAACCAUUUGAGAUUGUAUCACUCUAUGACUAUGAAGGCUGUUGAAUUGUCUUUCAUUUC